AUGCCCGUGGAUGAAGAGCAUAUGCUGGUCUCAUCAGCAUCACAAGCUGCCCGCUUACGCUUACCCCCUCUACCCAAUUAUACGCCGGACUUGAUCGCCUCAAGGCGAGCAGACAAAGGUCAAAAAGAGAAAUUUGAGGUCGUUGUGGUAGGAGCCGGUCCCGCAGGUAUCUUACUUUCCUCUCUCCUAGCCCGGUAUGGGCUAAGGGAUGAGCAUUCGUUGCUAUGUAUCGACCAGAAGAGCGGUAUUCCUGGUUCGGGACACGCAGAUGCGCUGCAGCCGCGGACACUGGAGGUGCUGAAAUCUAUGGGUCUAGCGGAUGAGGUUAUCAAUGAGGGAUUCCAGUGCUGGGAACGCAGUGGGUGGGAUCCCUCGCCCAGGAACGCGGAAAAGAUCAAACAGAGCUAUGUUAAACCAGUAUUGGAUUUCACCGCUGGGUACCGGUACCCGUUUGUGCUUUUGAUGCAUCAGGGGAGAAUGGAGCAGAUGCUUGAGGCGGACUUAUUGCGAUAUUCGAAACGCGGGGUUCAGAAAGAGACAAAGUUAAUUGACAUGGGAAUUGACGAGCUCGGCGAUCAGGAAUACCCUGUCAGAUGUGUUAUUGAGACAGCAGACGAUGGGCAGCGCGGAACUCAGAGUCGAACUGUGCGGAGCAAGUACAUUGUCGGCGCAGACGGUGCACACUCCACCGUGCGACGAUGUAUGCAGAUUGAUUUGGUCGGGGACUCGCUGGGGUACAUGUGGGGUGUCGUCGAUCUUAUCCUGGAUACGGACUUUCCUGACAUCCGCAGAUUCUCUUCAGUGCACUCGGCAGGGAGCUCGAUUCUUGUUAUACCGCGGGAGCAGAUACCUGCAACAGGGGAGUAUUUGAACCGACUUUAUAUCCAGAUCCCUGGGGAGGUGGCCUUGGAAAUGAGUGAGAAGGAAGCCAGGGCAAAGCGCAGUGAAAUCACAUUGGAAAGCUUACUUGAGACUGCUGGCCGGGUGUUCAGGCCGUUUAGUAUAAAGCAGAAACAGGGCACCGCGGUAGAGUGGUGGGCUAUUUAUCACAUCGGGCAGAGGAUGACCAAGGAUUUUAUCGUGAGGGAUUCAACUGGCCUCCCUCGCGUGUUUCUGGUGGGAGAUGCUUGUCAUACGCACAGCCCCAAGGCCGGACAGGGCAUGAACGUUUCUAUGAUGGACUCGUAUAACCUGGCUUGGAAGCUCGCAUACUCCAUCCACGGUUUAACACCGACGCCUCUUCUAGAGACGUACGAAACCGAGCGGCGGGCAGUCGCGCGGCAGCUUCUCGAUGCUGACCAGGUUUUCAGCACGGCAAUUUCGCAGCCAAUUGCAAGCACGCAGAAAUCUGGCGAUGCUCAGGGGCCGCUCUCCAAGCAACUGGAUGGAUUACUCAGCGCUCUAGCGGGAUUUAUCAGCGGAUGUGGCAUUCAGUACCCGGAGAAUGCGCUUGUCGAGCCCCCUGCUACCCCUGCUAUCCAUGGCACCGAUACUGGUCAUCUAUGCGGCAUUCUUCACCCAGGAACCAGAGUUGCAAACGUGAAGCUGAAGAGAUACGUCGAUGGGGCGCCGCGGGAUCUUCAAGAUAGCUUCCCCAGCACCGGCCGCUUCCGUAUCUUAGUCCUAACAUCGACCGACUUCCUGGCCCCCCUCGGCAUUUCAUCCAGCACCCUGAAUACAAUCGGAAAAUCACUUAUUCCCACUUUUCUGCCUUCGCUUAUAGAGCUGGUAAUCCUCUAUCCAGGCCUCUGCGUCCGGCAAAAUUUCCGCUGGGAAGAUCUUCCGAGAACUGUGAAGGUGUACUCAGAGAUGCGAUUGUUCGACGGCUCCGGCUCGGAUUUGGCUCAGGGUGAAGAUGCGUACACUCGCUACGGUGUCGCUCCAGGCAGGGGGGCUAUGGCGGUGGUGCGACCUGAUGGGUAUGUUGGGAUCGUGGCAGAAUUGGGGGAUGUAGCGAGAGUAGAGACCUACCUGGCGCGGUUUGUGAAAAGGUAG